GUCGUCCUUUAGUCUUGCGCUUAUCGUCGUCGCGACGACCCGCUCGAAUUUGAUAACGACGCGGUAGUCGCGCGCUCGUGAUCGCUUCGUUCCGAGGGGUUGUUUCGCUGAUGGCGCGGAGUGCAUUUCCUGUUCGGUGGUUCCGCUCGUGAGGGCUAAGGUUUCGUCCGUUCGUAUCGAUCUUGAUCCUAUCGGAACGAAUUUUCUUUACCAGAGAACCGACAUAACGAUCUGCUACCACUAGUUAUACGUGUUUGGUUCCACGAAGAUUAUACAAAUCUUUCGAGCGACGCUUGUACAUUUCUAAACGGUGAGUCAACCUGUUGUAACCGUGUAACGCGGUCGACUCCGAGGCGUGUAAACAGAAGUCUGUCGGGAGUCGUGACACGAGACGAAAGUGUCGUGGAGAGGUAGAACGAGCUAAACGGUUGUAACGCUUGUCAAACCGGUUUCUCGACGAGAAGAAACGCGGAUCUCUAGUACUGUUCCAUCGAGGGUAAAGGAGGCUGAAAACUGGAUCACGUUGCAACGGGGCUGCAGCCAAAGAUUCGUCGAUCUUCGGGUGAAAUGUCGCGGGAGGAAGGAGCUUGGAAAUUGAAGGGUGCGAAAGGAGGAAGAAUCGAAAGGCUGGAAGGGUGAAACCGAAGAGAAGAAAGGAAGCAAAGGAGAAGAAAAAGGGGCGUCACUGCAGGGAAUUCGAGGGUUGUGCGCGCCUCCGGCCAGAUACCACCGCUUGUAUAGAUCUAUAUGCAUAGGAAAGUCGCGGCGAUAGAAGUAGCCCGGACACGAUGGCGUGUAUCUGGGUCAUACAGCCGUCCUCUCUCUCGCGCGCGGGUGUGUACCCGCGUGUUAUCGGUGUCGCCGCUGGUUCUCCAUAAUUUUAGAAGAUUCGUUCGUCCAAACGAAAAGAAGAUAGGAUCGUGGACUGAUCGCGAGAACGAAUGCGCGUGGAAUUAAAAAGGAAGAAACGAGAGAAGGAGGAGCGCGCGUUGUUCUCCGGCUCGUCGACACGGUGCGUCGAUAUCCUCCCGUGGUGUUACAUCGCGAUUCGGGUCAAACAGCCAAAUCGCUAAGUUAACGAGUGAGUCGACCGUUAGUAUUUUUCGCUUCGUCAGCGCCUCUGUACGAUGAGGUGCACCGAGUAUCGAAUGCUCGUGGAAACGGGAAACAGGCAGCAUGCACGAAGCAUCGUAAAGAAGGAUCUUGGACGUCGAUAUUCGUGAGAGAAUUAGCGCAGAAACGGUCAGAUUGAAACACUUGGGGAGAACGCUUCGUUGCCACGAGUUGUACACGGUUUCUCGACGGACGAGAUCCACGGAACCGAUGCACGCAAGCUCGUUUCGAUCUCUUUGUUCGUGCAAAGGGUAGUGUAUCGCGGUGAUCACGGUGGUUCGAACGAAACCCGUAUCGGCCGGUUGUUUCGUCCGGUCGCAGGGACCGAUCGGUCGAAUCGUUCGCGUAGGUCCUGCAACGCGUCGUCGGACAACUCGAUCCCCGUAACCGUAACGAGCUGUUACAUCGUUACAGCUGUGCAAGUGGGGAGGGGGUGACACGGGGAAGAACGCGACCGACUACCUUCCCGCGGGGACAAUCUCGACCGAACGAGCACCAUGCGAGAACUAUUAUCUGUGGAAGAGCAAUCAGUUUGCGCGAAACCCGUUUCUCUUUAGAGCGGACACAUCGGACGUGCCGGCUCGGUAAAUAAUGAACCUCCGCAGUCAUUUAUCAAGCUCGCUACGAGGCCCACCAAUGCUCAAAGUAGUCUAGUCGAAGUAAAUGGAAGAGUGGAACGCGAGCCACGGACAGGUAGUAUCGCGCGCGCCACCGCUUCCUGCUGGAUUUCGCUAGAAAAACAGAAAAGAUAAAACCUUCGAACCCCUGUUGCCUGCUCUAUCUGUCGGUCUCGAUCGAUCGUUCCGUGAUCGCGUGGCGUUCGCUAAAAUGGAACGUUUACUGCUUUAAUUACGAACAAUCACGAGGAACAGGUCGUGACAAAAAGCCCUGUUUUCGACUUUCGUGUCUCCCCGAUUCUACGCGAUAAAAGAGAAGAAAAAAAGAAAAAGAAACGAGAAAAUAUCCGGUCGAUGUCGUGGUCGUUGUCUUCGAGGUGUUUGAGAUGCGAUCAGCGAUCGAGUCGUGUGACGGUGAACGGUGGAUUCGUUCCACGAGGAUUUAUCAACUCGGUAGAUAGCGGCGUAUGAGAGCUAACUUGGCUCCAUGAGAGUGAUUAUUCCCGACGAUCGCGGCAGAACGUUUAGCCUGUUUCGCGCACCAGUGUAGUUCGCGUUUUGUGAAUCAUGAGACGACGAAACAACGGUUGCUGUUGCCAGAACAGCAAGAGGGCCGGUCGUACCGGGUGCAACGACUCGGAGGGAAACGAACCGCCCGGUUGGUGCAUUUACGCGACAGUCGCUUUGGUUGCCGUUGGUUGUUACCUGAACGCGUUAGGUGGUGAUUUCGUGCACGACGAUAUACCCGCUGUGGUGAGAAACAAGGACGUGCUCGGUCAAACACCGUGGACUAGUAUUUUGAAGGACGACUUCUGGGGGACCCCUAUGCACGAUAUCAACAGCCAUAAGAGCUACAGGCCUUUGACGACAUUCACGUUCCGGUUGAACUACUUGAUGUCGGGAUUAACGCCAAGCUGGUAUCACGCGACGAAUAUUGCCCUGCACGCCAUUGCAUGCGUUUUGGUCACAAGGGUGAGCCUAGCGGUGGCAUCACUGCGUCCAGGAUUUGCUGCCUUGACAGGCUUGCUGUUUGCUGCUCAUCCUGUACACACUGAAGCGGUGACUGGCAUCGUAGGACGAGCAGACGUACUCGCUUGCAUCUUCUUCUUAUUGUCGUUUCUCGCUUACCAUGGGCAGCAGACGGCUUACGUGUGGAGCAGCGUGUGCUUGGGGGCGCUGUCGAUGCUUGCCAAGGAAACCGGCAUUACUGUUUUGCCUCUAAACCUUCUUUACGACCUUUGUCGCUCCUGGCAUUCAAUCAAGAGGUCUAUUUUCGAGGCCAGAUGGAACGACGACUCGAGACACCUUUCUCGUCGGGCUGCGGCGCUGCUUGUUUCGCGCGCAACUAGAUGUUAUCCAAUCGUCACACCAAAUUUCAUCAUAGCUGAAGGAAAAAUAAAACGGGAAUCGAUCGAACGUAAAAAUACACGACGGAGCGCGUUGGUCUCGUGAGAAAUAUAUUCCCGGGUGUGCAGGAAGAGGUUAUAAUACCACCCCAGGCAUUCCCGGAAGACUAACAAGAGGGAAUUCCGGCGGGAACGCGGUCCAGCGACGUUCCGCGCGCGUCGGAUAUUUACCGAAAUUGAAUUUCUGUCUCGUUCCUGGCGUUCGUGGCGUGGGUCAGCGAGCCCCUUGGCGACGUAACACGAUAUAUUCUCGCUGUGUCCAAGGACGAAGACGUCAGUGGCCAACGAAACGAGGGGUGACGUGGAACGAGAGUUGUUCGACAUCGAAACGUCGACGUGGGACGUGUAUCGAGUACACGUACGUAACGGCGGCUUCGUUGAUCGCAGAAGAAUAUGAAUACCUUGGAUUGGCAGACAUUGUCCGGCUCUAGAACCCUUCUAGAAUCCACUCGUUUUCUAUCUAUACCAAGAACACGCCGGACAUGCAGGAUGGAGGAUUCUGGCGAAGACAGAAAGAGAAAGGGUUGAUGGGAACCGUCUACGUGGUGAAGUUGGAGGGUAAGGCGUAAAGAGCGAUCUCCAUCGAAGAGGAUGGGUUGGCCUGGCUAUCGGAAUAGCGAACUGGCGCCAGACGUGACAGAAAUGCGACCAAAGAACGCGUGUGUCGUUCUACUACGUAAACGCCAUGACGACGUCUCGUUCUAUACCAUUGGCAUCCGAUCGGAAUGUUGUCUGCUAUAUUUUGACGUAUUGCGAUGGAAGAUCGAUUUUUGGCUACGAGAUAUGUAUGAUAGAGACGGAGAUAUUUAAAGGAAAGAUAGAUAUACGUGUAUGAUCAAAUGCUUCUAGUUCGAUUGUAAAUUUGAUUUAUCUUUUCAACGGUAAUUUUUCUGCGAAGCUGUACCUUAACGAGAUUAAGUUUUCAGCGUGGUGUUAGCGUAAAUCUGUGAUUCGUAAUUGCAACGCGAUCGAACCGAGAUGUGUAAUAUCAUCGAUAUUCCAGUUAAAGUACAGAAAAAUACUUCUUUGCAACGUUAUAUGUUACAUAUUGCACAUACGCUCUGGUACAAAAGCCUCGGGUCAGCUUUCAUUUUUAAGCAGGUUUCAGUACUUGGUAUAAAUUGAGAAUCACGAAGCACGCAACUAAGUCGGGUAGUGUAUUUCCGCGUAAGAUUUUUAAAUCGAGGCUUUUCCUGUUUUCCGUUUUCCAAGCUAGCGAAUGAAACCUUCCAAUGCUUCUAGCAGUGUAGCGAGUCAUUGAGCCGCAAGUUGAGAGCCUCUUCCAGAAAAGGCUAGUAAGUAGCACUUCCGCAAUCUGGAUUCCCUUUUGUUUUACUCUCAUUCAUCUUUCGAGUCGCGUAAACGGCAGGCAAAAGGUUCGCGUUUUAGGGCCGCGUAAAUCUUGGAGAAACAAUUCGUUGAAAAUUCGGACGAGAUUAAAUCGAUAGUGUAAUCGGAUCGAUGAAAUCGGUAAACAUUGAAUAUUUCAUUCGAUUCUGGCUCUAACUUUAACGAGGACUGCAGUGAUUGAUGUAAGUAGAUACACGCGAAUACAGAAUAGAGUUAUCACUUUUUCAUGUUAGUCUGACAUUGAUGUCGCUUGAAGAUUCGUCUAUGAUAAAAAAAAAAUAUAUUAUAUCGAACUUAGCUUUUUAUAGAAGUAUUUGAACAACUUUACUAGGAUCUAUGUGUUUUGAACGUAGACGAAAGGAGAAAAAAUUGUAAAGUAAAUACGCGUUACUCGAAACAAUUAAACACGCAACGAUUG